AUGUCCUCCAGCAAUGAUGUGUACCAGACGCCUCUCAACUCGCGCUAUGCGAUUGUGGCUGUGGCUUGCGGAGGCCGAGAAAGGUGCCUCAUCCUGCCUUACCCGCCAGCCCCACGGAGGACCGAUGUACUGACAGGUGCAGAGCUUGGCUUGCCCAUUACCGAUGAGGCUAUUGAGCAGAUGCGGAAACACACCACUAUCAAGGACGAAGAAUUCAAGGUUGCUGCUGAGGAGGAGAAGCGCCGGAGACACGAUGUUAUGGCCCACGUCCACGCAUACGGUCAGGUUGCCCCUGCAGCUGCUGGAAUCAUCCACUGGGGUGCCACCUCUUGCUACUGCACCGACAAUGCCGACUUGAUCUUCCUGCGUGACGGCCUCGACAUCCUAAUUCCCAAGUUGGCGGUUGUCAUUGACAAGCUGUCUGCUUUUGCCAAGCAGUACAAGGACCUGCCCUGCCUGGGUUUCACCCACGGACAGCCUGCGCAGCUCGUCACGGUCGGAAAGAGGGCUUGUUUGUGGAUUCAGGACUUGCUGAUGGAUUUGAGGAACCUCGAGCGGGCGCGUGAUGAUCUGCGUUUCCGAGGUGUCAAGGGUACAACUGGUACCCAGGCUUCGUUCCUCCAGAUCUUCAACGGAGACCACGCCAAGGUCGAGCGGCUGGAUGAGCUCGUCACCGAGAAGGCCGGAUUUGAAUCUGCUUUCAUCAUCUCCAGUCAAACAUACUCUCGCAAGAUUGAUGUUGACGUAGCUAAUGCACUGGGCUCCUUCGGGUCCACCUGCGAGCGCAUCGGUAUUGACAUCCGCCACUUAGCUAUGCUCAAGGAAGUUGAGGAGCCCUUUGAAAAGGACCAGAUUGGCAGCAGUGCUAUGGCUUACAAGCGCAACCCUAUGCGGUCUGAGCGUCUGUGCUCUCUGGGCAGGCACCUCCAGAAUCUCCCCAAGGACGCCCUGGACACCUACUCCGCUCAGUGGUUCGAACGUUCAUUGGAUGACAGCGCUAUCCGCCGCAUCAGUAUUCCUGAGCUUUACCUCUGCGCUGACGCGUGCCUUAUCCUUCUCAACAACGUCACCUCUGGAUUCGUCGUGUACCCUGAAGUCAUCAAGCGUCGUGUUAACGAUGAGCUUCCAUUUAUGGCAACUGAGAACGUCAUCAUGGCCUGUGUCAAGAAGGGUCUUUCCCGCCAGGACGCCCACGAGGAGAUCCGCGUUCUCUCCCACCAAGCCUCCGACAACGUGAAGAAGCACGGCAAGAACAACGACCUCCUUGACCGCAUUCGCCGCACCGAGUUCUUCGCCCCUAUCCUCGGCGAGCUCGACGCUCUUCUCGACCCCAGCACCUUUGUUGGCCGCGCUCCCCAGCAGGUUGAGAAGUUCACCUCGACCGAGGUCAAGAAGGCUCUACAGCCUUACGAGACUCAUCUCGCUACUGCUGAGACCUCUGCUCUCCACGUUUAG